AGAGCCCACAGGCUCAAGCCAUGGGUUGGCUCCUCGCAUGGCUGACUUUGUCCGCCCUUGUGUGCAGCAGGUGCUUGGAGUCUUGCGAUGUUGACGAUGUCUCUGCCCUGCAGUACGCGAGAGCUGCGUCUGAGUCGCACACACAUGGCGAUGCCGUCUAUGUGAUGCUUCCUUUAGACGUCAUGAACCGGAACAGCACUAUCAACGACCCAGAGCAGCUGAACCACUGGUUUGAACAGCUGCGGGGGAUCAAUGUGACCGGCGUCAUGACGGACGUUUGGUGGGGCAUCACUGAGCCAGCACCAAAAGAGUACGCCUUCCAAGGCUACAAAGAUCUUGUGAGAAUGGUGAAGCGCAAUGCUUUGAAGCUGCAGAUUGUCACCAGCUUCCAUUCUUGCGGCAGCUCUAUUCCAUUGCCAGCAUGGCUCCUGCAAGAAGAAGGCAUUUGGUACCAAGAUGCGCAAGGAGAUGUGACCAAAGCGUACAUCUCUCUUUGGGCAGACCAUGUCCAAGUUCGAGGGCGGACUCCCUUGCAGAUGUAUGCAGACUGGAUGGAAGCCUUCAAGGCAGAAUUCCACCACGACCUUGGAAGGAGCAAGACGAUUGUCGAUAUCAUGGUUGGUCUGGGGACGGAUGGAGAGCUGAAGUACCCUUCCUACGAGAAUGGAAAUCCAGAGGAUCCGUGGCAGUUCCCCGGAAUCGGCGAGUUCCAGUGCUACGACCCCCACGCCCGGCGCUCGCUGCAAAGGGCGGCGGAGAAAGCGAGGGUGCCGUGGACAGAGCCGCCGAAGCCUGAGGUGACAGGUACCUACAACAGCCUUUGGAAUGACACGGUCUUCUUCACGGAGGGCUACAAAACGCCGAGAGGGAAGUUCUUCCUCAGUUGGUACGCUGGCUCCCUCUACCAACACGCGCACGAGGUCCUCAGAAAAGCGCGGCACAUCUUUGGGUGCUCAGUGCACUUGACUGCCAAGGUCUCUGGAGUGCACUGGAUGUACAAGACUCCUUCGCAUGCAGCUGAAGUCACAGCGGGGUACUACAAUGCGAACGAUCAUACGCCGUACGUGCAAUUGGCCACCAUCUUUCAUGAGUUCGGUGCGCGCUUCGACUUCACCUGCAUGGAGAUGACGGACGCCGCGCAGCCGGCGGCGGCCUUCAGCGGGCCGCAGGAGUUGGUGGGCCAAGUGAUCACCGCCACACGCCAGGUGGGCACAAGUCUGACCGGCGAGAAUGCUCUGGCUACAUACAACACUGCUGGAUACAACCAGAUGUUGGUGAACAAGCCAGCUUUGCUGAGUUUGACCUAUCUACGCCUCGGCCAAACCUUGAUGGAGGAGGAGAACUUGCGGCGGUUCAGCGAGUUUGUGCGCGCCAUGCAAGCUCCGGAGUUCAUCACGCCCUAUUCCUUGGAGUAAUCCGUGGCCGGGUGGCAGAAUGGCGGCAUGUGCCUUUCUGCCGCACUGGAUUCUGCAAAUGCAGGUGUGCGGGUGUGUAGUGCUCAAUACAAUUGAGACCCCCCUCCAACAAAACGCAAAGAAUGGUGGUUAUCCCUUGUAC